UCGAAUCAAAACAAUUAGAAAUGAAAUAUUUUUUCAGACCAAUUCUACUUUUUUGGAGACAUGUAUCAUUCUCUACUUCAAGUUUAAAAAAGUGCUCGUUUCCGGUGUGAACGCAGUUCCCGAAACAGAAGAAAGUGUGUAGUUUCAUUUAUUUUCUGUCGUCGAUUUUAUCACGGAAACGUGCUAAGUUUGAUGAAAUCUUGAUUUAUUUUAUGUUCGUUAGUAUUUGUAAAAUCGUGAUUAUAGUUGUGUGUCUCCUUCUGAAAGAUAACAAGAGGUGCUUCGCUCCGUCAUAGACAGUGGAAGGUACCGACGUAAUAUCGAAUAUCGUACAUCCUAUAUUUACUUGCGCAUAGUGUCACACAGUAGGUGUUCAUUCGUGGUCACCACGUUUUUGCCAGCUGGUUGGCGCGCCCGGCGUGUCGUGAGGCAGUGUUUCCCUGGUGCCAGCUUCGUGGAAGCCAGGAUCAACAAUUCAUCCCGAUCGCCAGCUCUCGUCCAAAGGGGCGUUACCAUUUUAUAUGACUUUAGCAAGAUAUACAGAGACAUCAGUACAGCGCGAGGAGAGUGGUCGGUGUGUCGCGACAACAAGAGCGGCCGACUGCCGUCGAGCGUGCAUGACGCUUCACACACCUAGCAAUACUGCGAGAAGAACAUCAAAAUUUUGCAGCAACCGGCAUCGCAAGUUGUUACCGCUUCGGCAGACGUGACUGGCGCGCCGCGCGGGAUCUCUCGCCCGCAUGCCGCCCCGCUGACCGCCCCGCUAAACGCCCCGCUACCGCUACUACACGCGCACACAUUGUAUAUAACCGAUCCAGUGUCAAGAAGAAAAAGAGAUCAUUAAAUUCGCAUUAUAAUUAGUUAGUAUUAGUACGGCGCCAUGGGGUCCGUUAACGUGAACCGCAAUGUGGCGGACGCUUUCUACCGCUACAAGAUGCCUCGCAUCUGCGCCAAGGUGGAGGGGAAGGGGAACGGCAUCAAAACGGUCAUCGUCAACAUGCCUGAGGUGGCCAAGGCUUUGGGCAGACCGGCCACGUAUCCAACUAAGUACUUCGGCUGCGAGCUGGGCGCGCAGACUCAGUUCGACUUCAAGAACGAGCGUUUCAUUGUCAACGGCAGUCACGAUUCCGCGAAGCUUCAGGAUUUGUUGGAUGGCUUCAUCCGCAAAUUCGUCCUGUGCCCCGAGUGCGACAACCCGGAGACGGAGCUGAUCGUGUCCACCAAGCGGAACACGAUCUCGCAGGGUUGCAAGGCGUGCGGCUACCACGGACAACUGGACUUCAACCACAAACUCAACACCUUCAUUCUCAAGAACCCGCCCGCAAUUGACCCCGCUGUGCAGGGCUCGUCCCUAACCGAAGGGAACCGCGGCAAGCGCUCCAAGCGCUCGGGCCCGGGCGCCGCCAACGGCAACCACGACGGCAGCGAGGAAUCCAAACCGCAAGACGAGGCGCCGGUGACGCCGGUGACGCCGACCGCCCCCAACCCCAAGAGCAAGAGGAGCAAGGCCAAGGGCGAGUCUGACGACGACGACGACGGCGGCUGGACCGUGGACGUCAGCGAGGCGGCUGUCAGGGCCCGCAUGCAGGACUUAACCGAAGGCGCAAAAAGCAUGACCCUCUCCGAAGACAGUGAGAAGAAUGAGAAACAACGCAUGGACUUGUUCUACUCGUACCUCUCCCAGAAGCUGGCCGCGGGUGACCUCGUGGGCAGCCGCGCCGCCAACGACGUGCUGCAUGAAGCUGAGAGAUUGGAGGUGAAGUCGAAGGCGCCGCUAGUGCUGUUCGAGGUGCUGGUGCGGCCGGGCAGCCUGGCGCCGGACGUGAAGAAGUACCGCGCGCUCGUGUUGCGCUUCACGCGCGCCGACCCGCGCGCGCAGCGCUCCGUGCUGCACGCCGUCACCGCGCUGUGCGCGCUGCACGCCGACCUGCUGGCCAAGGUGCCCGCCAUACUCAAGCUGCUGUACGACAGCGACAUAGUGGAGGAGAAGGCGCUGCUGGAGUGGGCGUCGAAGCCGUCGCGCAAGUACGGCAGCAAGGAGGUGGUGGCGGACGUGCGCCGCCGCGCCCAGCCCUUCCUCGACUGGCUGCAGGACGCCGAGGAGGACUCCAGCGACAACAGCGAGGAGGACAUCGAGAUCCAAUACGACGACCGCGCCAAGGUGACCCCCAUCAAAGCAGUCAACACCGCGCCGCCCAAACCCAACCACCACCACGACGACGACGACGUCGACGUCGAUAUCGAUGCCAUUUAGAUCACAACACUACACUACUUUACACCAUGCUGCAGUCUAUACACUAUCGUACACUAUAGUCGUUUCUACAUAUAUCGAAACCAUUUAAGUACAUUGCAAAUUUGGGCAAUUUUACAAUCAACUUAACAACGUCAUUUCCACACUUGAAUGAAAAUAUUAUAUAGAUAUUAAUGCCCGUACGCCGUAUUUUACAUAACUAUAAGAUCAUAGCACACUUCUAUCUCAUCGUUCACACCCGGCACGAUAACGUUAAUUGAAAAGUGAGCUUUAAUACCUCUUCUGUAGAUAUAUUUUACAUUGACAAGAUGAGACUACAACGCUCUCCUAAUGUGUUGUCAAUGUAAAGUACACCUACAGAGAACACUUUAAAGCCCACUUUACAAUGAACGUCAUCUUACCGGGUGGGAGCGGUGCGGUUGAAGUAUAUAUAUUCUUAUACUUCUGAAAACGCAUGCGUUGACGUUAACGUGAUCUAGCUUACACAUCGAUAUCUAUACUUAUUUAUCGAUAUCAUUACAUCAUCAUAUACUUUGCUUUUCGACAAAGCAAAUACAUAGAUCCUGCAUUUACAAUAUGGCUUAAAUAAAAUUAUACUUUAUUGAUUCUUGGUUAAAAGAAAAUCUUUCCACAUCUGUCUGAUCUUAAAAUUUCAGUAAAUAUUUUAUUAUUUAUGAAAUGAAAACAGACACAAUGUAUAUUAGGUCAGCAUAGAAUGAGACAAGUUUAAUCAAGAUCAUUAUUCGCGUCAAUUAGCUGCCAAUGUAAACAAAAUAUAAAACUCAUUUACAUGAAGUCAAACGCGCCAUACGUUGAGUAAAAAUAUUUUCAUAUCUGACAGUGAAUCUAUCAAGCUUCAGAAUUCUGCGGUCUGAAGUAUUUUUAAUAGAAUGUCUGGCGUAGACUCCUAAAGAUAAUGAAAAUGUUUUUACAUUUACUCCAUAAAAGGGGACGUUCACUUUUCACGGAUAAAUCUAUCAAAAAAUUCCUUAUAAAAUCUAUUUCUUGAUCUUAUUUCUAAAGAAUACAUUUUGAUGAAAUUCCUACUUCUUGUCCAAGAAUAAACGUGUCCUUUUGUGGAUGAUCCAUAGAUUUAUAAAUUCGAUAAACUUUCCACUGAGAAACGUAAUAUCAAAGACGUUAAAUGUUGAGUGACAAGUUCUAGUAAAAAAAUCUAUGGAUAUAUAUUUAUGCGCCUUCAAAUAAUCUAUUUAUUAAUAUCGAUGUUAGAAGUCCCUUUAUUCAAUAUACUGUAAAAACGUUUCUUGACACUGGAAUAGUAAAUAAAGCAGAUAGAUAAUGUUAUGUGUCUACAAAAAUUAGCCAUUUUUCCGCCAUUUUGGAUUAUGUGCGCGGUACAUGAAUGAUUUGGGCAAAAUUCAGAUUUUAUCAGAUUUUGGAACUCGUUUAUAAAGAGGACUAAUUUUGCUCGACAUUUUUGAGAUAUGCGGAUUGUUUUAUAAAUGCAUUUUAAAUUGAUAUCAAUCUUCUGUCCUAUCCAAUUAGAAGCAAUUUAGCUUAAAUCUAGCAAUACUGCAUCUUUUUCUUCACAAUCGGGGCAGUAAUGUAGCAAUCAAAGGAGCGCCCUCUAGAAUUAAUGUAAGCAACUAUUUCCCCCGUGAUUCCAUGUCAACGUAAUAAAUAAAUAAAAGUACUAAGCUUUCUCUAGGACGGCUAUUUAUUAGAGCAUUUUUAUUUUUAUUUUCAACCCUUUUGUUCCUAUAUAUGUAUAGAUUUUUAAUGUUACUUUAAUCAUUUUUCCGAAAUAUAUUUUGGGAUGCAAUUUUGCUUCGGGCAAUUUUGUGCGCCAUCGCUCGGGAGUCGUCAAAAAACGGAGAAAAAAAAAAUGUAACGCAACAGCAAUACGGCGUGGUGCCGAAACUGGAGGCAAUAUGCGUUUGUAAGGAAUAUUUAAUAUGGAAUAGAAAUUGAUUUAGUAUAUAAAUUUAUAAAAUCUGGGAGUGCCCGCGCGCGCUUGGGCGGACAGACACAUGGGGAAAGAUUAAUGCACCUUUCUAUAUGUCCAUGUACAAGUUUCUCAACAUUACUUGAAUUUCUGCCAAUGAAUAAAAUCCAACUUUGAUGUUCUUAAUGGAAGAAUGAAUUAUGCACACAAUCUAUAUACCCUAUUAAAUAUUGUCUCGUUCGUAUAUACCAGCGCCAGCGGGUACAUAUGUAUCGUAGGUUAAGUCGGCCGGCGCCGGCGCCCGUUGUAACAUAUAGUGAUUAUACGCGCACGGCGAUCCUUACUAUUAACUAUUAUUAUAAUAGAAUAUUUUAAAAUUGCCACCUGACAAUUUACUAGAUUUGUUUUGUAUUCAAUACAUUUGGAUUCUGAAGA